AUGCAUAUGUUAUUUGCUUGUAAACUUGCUCACGGUGUUUUGGUUUUGUUGUUGCUAGUGAAGGUUCCUUGUUCACAAGCCAGGUCUUGCUUCAACUGGUUUGCUGUGCUGGUUAUUUAGUGUGUUGUGCUCUCAAGAGGAAGGUUGUGUUAUCCAUGUUUGUGAGGACCAACUCAGAUUAAUGUCAGCAAAAAAUUCUUGAAAAUUUCCUCUUGUGCUGCACUUCAGCUAUCUCCAUUUACUCAGAAGAUGACCAAUGAGUGGAGUAAGAAUGAUGAUCGGCUGCUGCAGGCAGUGGAGAAUGGCGAUCUUGAGAAAGUGGCUUCAUUGCUGGGUAAAAAGGGAGCCAGUGCCACCAAACAAGACAGUGAGGGAAAAACUGCUUUUCACCUGGCAGCUACAAAAGGGCAUGCAGAGUGCCUCAGGAUCAUGAUGACACAUGGGGCAGAUGUGACAGCCCAAGAUGGUGCAGGACACAGUGCUUUACAUCUUGCCGCAAAGAACAGUCACCUGGAUUGCAUUAAGAGGUUACUUCAGAGUAAAUGUCCAGUGGACAGCACUGACAAUUCUGGGAAAACAGCUUUACAUUUUGCAGCCACAUGUGGUUGUCUUCAGGCAGUUCAGCUUCUGUGUGAAUACAAAUGUCCAAUUAAUGUGAAAGAUUUGGAUGGGAACAUACCUCUGCUGCUUGCAGUACAAAAUGGGCAUAUGGAAGUUUGCAAAUAUCUUCUGGACCAUGGAGCAGACGUCAAUACCAGGAAUAAAAAUGGAAGAACUGCUUUGAUGAUGUCUUGUGAGGCUGGUAGCCUUAACAUGGUGGAAACCUUGCUUAAGAAAGGUGCAGAUGUCAGUUUGGUAGAUGUCUUUGGACAGAAUGCCCUGCAUUACUCCAAGCUCUCCGAGCAUACAGGGAUCCAGAAUCUCCUAUCAUCAAAGUUAUCUCAGGAUGUGGAUACAAAGCCACCAACAAAAGCAAAGGAGCAUGAUCAAGGCUCUAAAUUAAGUUCAGAAAGAAGUGGAACUCCAAAAAAACGCAAAGCCCCACCUCCUCCUGUCAGUCUUAUUCAGCUUAGUGAUAUGUCCUGUCCACUCUCAUCAACUUCAACUUCCAUGACUGGAAAGGGGCAGGCUUUCUUUGCUGAUCAAAUGUGCAAGCAGGAAGAAUUCGGCUCCUUGCACCAAGAUAACAAAGACAGACUGAGUGACAGCACAACAGGUACUGAUAGUUUGUUGGAUGUAAGUCCUGAAGCUGACCAGCAAGAUCUACUUCUGUUGAUGCAAGCAAAAAUUGCUUCUUUGACAUUGCACAAUAAGGAGCUGCAGGACAAAUUACAGGAAAGAAAACCUAAAGAAGUGGAUUCAACAGUAAAAUCUUAUUCAACCCAAACAGAGUUUGAUCAAACAACAGAUAGACAAAAUGAGUUCUCAACUCAGGAGCUGAAGUCUGCAUUAAAUGCCACACAGAUUCAAGAAAAGUUGACAGGCCCCAGUGAAGUAAAAGUGAAGUACCUCCAGGAAGACUUAAAGGAUGCACAGAGGAAAUUGGAGAAUUCUGAAGCCAAAAGAAAGCACAUAGAAGCUCAGGUCCAAUCUAGAGUCCCAGAAACAGAUCAUUUAAACAAUACAGGCAUUUCAGAAAAUGGUUCUGAUCUUAACCUGAAGUUCCAAGAAACUCAAAACAAGUGUGAGGAAGCUGUAAAAGAGGUUCUGAACAUACAAAGGCAAAUGAAGGUGGGUCUUAGUUCCUCUGAACGUGAUGAGACUAAUUCUGAUCUGAGUAGACUGAAGGUUACAUGUGAAGAAGUUGAAAUUCUUAAGCAAGAAUUGAAGAGAGCGUUGGAGGAAAGUGAAAGACAAAAAGAGAAAGUGAGAGAGCUACAGAAAAAGUUUGAAGAAAGAGAGCAGAAUGUAACAAGCAAAUUGUCUGUAGAAGAGUGUGAGGAAAUUAAGAAUUCAUAUUGUUCAGUUAUUGAUAACAUUAAUCAAGAGAAAGCAUUGUUGAUUGAGAGGUACAAAGAAGGACAAGAGGAAAUUAAAAGGCUACAGGACAAGCUGACAAGUCAGACACAGUUGCAAGCUAGUGCUGAAGAUGGAGAGACGAAAGAUGUAAUGCACAGAAUGAUAGAUGAGCUCAACAGACAACUUAGUGAAUUGUCUCAGUUGUACAAAGAAGCACAAACAGAGCUUAAAGACUACAGGAAGAGAAAAACUGUAGAUGAUAUAGCUUUGGACUACAUUCCAAGAGACGAACAUGAGAAGCUGAUGCAGGUAACAAAUUCUUUGAAAUACAAAGCAGAGAAUGAGCUAUCAGAAAUGAAAUCCCAGUACACAAAAGCAUUAGAUGAAGCAGAAGAACUAAAGCAACUCUUAGACAUUCAGAAACAAAACUCUUUGCCAAUUACUGAACACCAUCAGGUGAUGAACGCACUCAGAAAUACUGUAAAGGUAAUGGAGGAAGAAGUAAAUGAACUCAAAGCACUGCUUGCCAACAAGGAAAGGCAAGUAAGAAACUUACAAAAGGAACUGCUGGAAGAAAAAGCUGCAGUUAGUGAAGCAAUGGUACCCAAGGUUAUGUAUGAAAAGCUCCAGUCUUCACUAGAAGGUGAAGUUAGUGUUUUGUCAUCCAAACUGAAGGAUGCGAUCCAAGAGAAGGAAAAUGUGUCCUUAGAUGCUAUGCAACUGAGAAGGGAAGUUUUGCACUUGAAAGAAGAGAAAGCAAGUAUGCAUACUCUGCUUCAAGCAAAGGAAUGGGAGGUGAAUGGUCUUCAGCAAAAGUACCACCAAGCUCAAGAAGAAAUUAAAAGAUAUUCUGAAAGCUCAUCAAAACUAGAAGAGGACAAAGACAGAAAGAUCAAUGAAAUGUCCAAGGAAGUUAGCAAAUUAAAAGAAGCAUUGAACAGCCUUUCUCAGCUUUCCUACUCAACUGGUGCUCCCAAAAGACAAAGCCAACAGCUGGAGGCCUUACAACAACAAGUGAAGCAGUUGCAAAACCAACUGACUGAGACAAAGAAACAACAUCAGGAGAUUGUCUCAGUUUAUAGGAUGCAUCUGCUAUAUGCUGUGCAGGGUCAAAUGGAUGAAGAUGUCCAGAAAGUGCUCAAACAAAUCCUAUCAAUGUGUAAAAGCCAAUCACAGAAAAAGUAAACAAAAAAGCCAAGUAAAACUCUCCAUUUUCAUUAUUCCUGUUAUGGAUGUCGAUCUAGAUUUGCCUUAAUGUAAGAUUUAAAAUCGCAAAUUUGCUGCUUUUGUGUUAUUGUGCUGUUUGUGAGGUGGAUUUGUUUGUCUGUCUCUACCCAUGUGUAUUUUUGCAUGUGCAGCAGCUAAACACAUGCCUGAUUUUCCUAUCCAAAAUGCAAAUAUGUUCUUCAGACUUUUUACUUAGGCUACUCCAUGCCCUCUUUACCCUGAAAGUACCUUCUAGCUUCCUUCAGUAGAGGGAGGUUAACUUAGAAGAAAGCACUUACGUUGCCUGGGUAAAGGUGAAAUUAUCUAUGUCUUCUAUACUGUUUAUAAGCUGCAUCUUAUUAAUGGGGAUAAACUUAGUUGUUUGAUGUUGUAGCACUCAGAUUCCUGACAUUUUGCCAUAUGCAGUCUUUGGCAGAGCAGAAGUGAGCCUUGCAGCAGUGAGCAGAAAUAGGUAUUUAUACUAA